AUGUCCAGCAUGUGUGUCGUUCUGCUCGUCUUUUCCAGCAUCUGUACAGUUGUUGCAGGUGCUCCAGUUACAGUCACAGGACACAGAGGACACAGACUUGACAUCAGAUGCCCAUAUGAAUCUGGAUAUGGAUCAAAUUCAAAGUAUUUUUGUAAAGGCAAGUGCAACUUUGCAAACAUCAUGGUUAAAUCAGGAUCUCCAGCUAAAGACCAGAGAUUCUCUCUGACUGAUGACACGACGGCCAGAGUUUUCACCAUCACCGUCACUGAUCUGAGAACAGAGGAUGCAGGUCAAUACUGGUCUGCUGUGAAGAGGAUUUUAACAGAUGUCUAUUCAGAGAUGUUGUUGCUCGUUAAACAGGCUGAGCCACCCUAUUUGAGCACAUCAGCCAUGAAUUCACCAUCCAGCAUCAUUACAAUCACAGAUCAUUUGAAAAAUACAGAUCUGGCUUCUGUCGCCGGCGGUCUGGGUUCGGUUCUGCUGGUUCUGGUUCUGUGUUCUGGAACGUUCCUCAUCCUGAAAAAGAGGAAAAGGAAAUCUGGGACAGCUUUAUUUCAGCAAAAUGUGCCACACAACACGGAGGCUGACCGUAUGUAUGAGGAGAUCCUAAACAGUGAUGUUGUUGCUGCAGCAUCUUCGUCCAAUCAGACGCCUGCAUCACAUCUCAACACCCGCCCACAAGUCUCUACUGUUUAUGCCACAGUAACCAAUCAGAAGCCUGAUUCAAAUCCCCGUCACACCCACUCGACCAAUCAGGUGACGGAUACAGACUGUGAUUAUUAUGCCAAUAUUAAGUCUCCUGAACCAACAACAGACAGCAGAAUAGAACUGAUCUACGCAACAGCGACACAUCCGCAAAACAUCAAGACAAACGAAGGCCCGAUAUAUUCAACGAUCAAUCAUAAAUAAAAAAGACUGUCAAAACUUCUUCCACACAAGACGUGAAAAAAAAAGAAAAAAAAAAUGGUACAAGCUGCAUAUUUUUAAUGAAUCAAUAUUUUGACACACUUCUCUGAGUAUUUUGUAAACUGCAUAAUGUUA